GAAAGAACUGCAUUCUCCCUGGGGAGCCUCUGCCUAACGAAACCCAGGAAGCCAGAGAGACCCAGGGUGACCCCCUCCCCCCACCCAUUUAAUACACAUGGCCGCCCCUAGGGAGCUCUGGGACUAGAAAGCAAGGGACCUGGGAAAGUGGAUUUUUACAGAGAGGGAUGCAACCGUUGGGAGAAGCCGGGUGAUGCCUUCCGUACACAAAGAGACCUGGAAAGACUGUGCAGAAAAGAAGACACAGAAAGCUGUUUUUGCCAGAUUCAGGAGAAAUUCCAAAAGCUAGGACUUUGAUCUUGGGACAUGAAGUGAUGAACUAUGAACGUGGGUCUCAGCAGCUGUGUUUUCCAAGAAGAACCAGUGGUUAGAUGGAUCACAUUUGACAACAUGCACCACCAGUGGCUUCUGUUAGCUGCCUGCUUUUGGGUGAUUUUCAUGUUUAUGGUUGCCAGCAAAUUCAUCACUUUAACCUUUAAAGAUCCAGAUGUAUAUGGUGCCAAACAAGAGUUCCCGUUCCUGACAACUAUGCCAGAAUUAGAAAAGUGGAGAGAGGAGAAACACUUGCUUAAAGAAACAAAGCCAACCGGGAAAGUGUUUUCUGGAAACCGGCUUAACCAGCCCAUGGUCCACAUGGAGCGUCUAGAACUACUCAAAAACGUCUGCCGAGACACAGCUCUGAGGAAUCUCUCGCACACUGCAGUCUCAAAGUUUGUCUUAGACCGAAUAUUUGUCUGCGACAAACACAAGAUUCUCUUCUGUCAGACUCCCAAAGUGGGCAAUACUCAGUGGAAAAAAGUUCUGAUCGUUUUAAAUGGAGUUUUUCCUUCCAUUGAAGAGAUCCCAGAAAAUGUGGUCCACGAUCAUGAAAAAAAUGGCCUGCCACGUUUGUCUUCUUUCAGUGACUCUGAAAUUCAGAAACGCUUGAAAUCAUACUUCAAAUUUUUUAUUGUAAGAGAUCCAUUUGAAAGACUCAUUUCUGCUUUUAAGGACAAGUUUGUACAUAACCCUAGGUUUGAACCUUGGUAUCGGCAUGAGAUUGCCCCUGGCAUCAUUAGAAAAUAUAGAAGGAAUCGAACAGAAACCAGGGGUCUUCAGUUUGAGGACUUUGUACGUUACCUGGGGGACCCAAACCACAGGUGGUUAGAUCUUCAGUUUGGGGACCACAUCAUUCACUGGGUAACUUAUGUAGAGCUCUGUGCACCCUGUGAAAUAAACUACAGUGUGAUUGGGCACCACGAGACCUUGGAGGAAGAUGCUCCAUAUAUCCUGAAGGAAGCUGGAAUUGAUCAUCUAGUGUCUUACCCAACAAUUCCUCCAGGCAUUACUGUGUACAACAAGACCAAGGUGGAACACUACUUCUUGGGAGUAAGCAAAAGAGAUAUACGCCGUCUAUAUGCACGUUUUGAAGGAGACUUUAAGCUCUUUGGGUAUCAGAAGCCAGAUUUUUUGCUAAACUGAUGCCUGGGACCUAUGAAGAGAGAAGUGUCUUCCUUAAACCGAAAAAUAUCCAGCUGUGUUGCUGAACCCAGAACUGGUUUCCUGAACUGCACCUUCAUUUUCUAAAAGUCCCAAUUGGUAACCAUUGGCCAGUUGUUAGCUCUUUGGCAUGUGAAAUGGAAUCCCUCUUGGUAGCCAUCCUUUGUUUGUGCCUAGGGGGCAUUUAGUGGCACCACGGUAACCAGGACACCCCUGGGCUUCCAUUCCCCCCCACCCCAGAAACAACAAAAAUUAGAAUUUAACCUGCAAAGGGGGGAGAGAGGUUGAGGAGAGCAAUACAAUUUUAAGAGUGGUUUUGGGCAGCAAUAGAAGAGAAAGACUUAAUCUCUAAUGAAUUAAUGGACUGUAAGUGGAAUUGUCAUUUGCGAGUUGCCAGUAAGGGUACCUAGAGCUGACAGGAAGAAUAGAGAAGUUAACAGGCUGUGAAAAUUGUAAAGACUAAAAUUUGAUGAUAAAAUUAUACCUCUGGGUUUCAUUUUUUUCUUUUUACUUCUAUAAAAACAUAGGAAAGACUCAUUUUCUUUUGGUUUUUCAUAGCCACAUUGAAGAGUAUUUAAUUUCUCCCCCACCCCAACUCAGUUAUGUCCAAAGAGCAGCUUCAGGAGGUUUUCUUAAUGGAGAAAACACACUUUUGCAGUGAUGUCCUAAAUGCUGAGCCCUUGUUGGCCAAGCAGUUUACCUGAUCUAGUCCAAGAAUUCCAAAGUUUGUAGUGUUAGAUUGCUUGAGAUGAAAGGGGAAAUGCAGAUUCUUCCUCUUCGAAAAAAGGAAUUCAUUGCAGCCAUUAAGGAAAACGGGAUGAUUUUUAAAAAUCUUUCGUAUUUUGAAUUCUGGCUUUGCUCUGAGUUCAAUAAAUACCAUCUUCAUACUGCUUUUUAAAUACCCCACCCAUUAACAACCAAUAUUUGAAUGCCCUAAUCUGAACAGGGGCAGUACAGUAUGGGGUGCUUGCUAGGUUCUCCUACUAUUUAUUCCAAGGUGCCUCUCCUGGUCCUAGGGCCUACACUGUUAGUGUACUAGGAAGGCAGGGAUGUUCUUCAUUGUCCUUGCCUUGAAUCUCCACAAAAUGCCCUAGAGUGGGACCAUGGCUUCUACUUGCAUUUCUAAAAGUUGUGAGUUUGAGUUCACCAGCAAUAAAAUCUAGCAACAUUAACUUGGUUGCCGGUCCCUAGUGGGGUAAGAUUGUUGUUAGCAAUUUUAGCAGUAGCAUAAUAGACCCCUGAGGUGCAAGAGGCAAUAGGCAGAGAAUGACGCUCGUCUAUGGGGCAUCAGUCUCUCUCCAGGCAUUGGAGGGGAAGGAAUGGAAUGUGUUCAGAUCUCACCAUUGCCACCACAUCUAAAGAAAGGGGAAAACCCUCACAGAAGAACCAUAUACUACUCCACCUGAAGAUGGAGUUUUAAAAAGGGGAGGGGAUUCUCUCUAAGAUGAAGUAACAAAAUAAAGCUUGACUCCCAUAUUGUUGAGGUGGCAGCUUGCGCUCGCUCUCUCUCUCUCUCUCUCUCUCUCUCUCUCUCUCUCUCUCUCUCUCUCUCUCUCUCGCUCUCUCUCUCUCUCGCUCUCUCUC